CCUCACCUUCCACAGCCACAGCCUCUGUGGGCAGCUCUUCACCUUCCACAGCCACAGCCUCUGUGGGGAGCCCCUCACCUUCCACAGCCACGGCCUCUGUGGGGAGCAGAGCCACGACUCCUGGAGGAGAGGAAAGUUCCACCAUGGACCAGGGGAUCAGAACAUCUGAGCCCACUGCCAACACCUCCCAUUCCCUCCCUUCCACAUCCUUGGCAACCCCAUCCACAACGAACCUUAGUAUAACAACAUCUGUUAAUCCUCCUUUUACUGGAACUUGCUCAACAGUGUCCAUCGAAGUUCAGAAUGUGACUGAAGAAGAAAUACAGCUCAGCUGGACCAGUAGCAGCAAAGGCAGCCUCUACAACAUCUCUGUCAUGGAUGGAGAGGAGAUAAAUACAACAACUACAAAAGACACAGAAACUGUGUUUAAAAACCUGCUUCCUGGCCAUGUGUACAACAUUUCUGUGGCAGUGUCAUCUUGUGUUAAUAAUCGUUCUUCAGUCACUGUCCGAACAGAUCCUACUUCCGGUUUCGAAAUAACUGAGUUUUGUUCAGCACAAAGUACUCACUAUUCUGACUUAAAAAGCAUUGCAUGCUCCAGCCAAGCAUUUGCCUGCAGCGUUCGGUUAAAAAAUGAGAUAUUUAAUAAUACACUUUAUAACUCUGCUAGUGAAGACUACAAAACAAUGUCUGAAAGGAUCAAAACAGACGUUGUUGAAGGAAUGCAUGCUGAACUGCCACAGUGGAAUGACACCUUCAAUAUUGUCAUGCUGGAUUUCAGACCUGGCAGCGUGGUUGCUAAUUUUCUCUUUCUGCUGCCAAAAGAAGCCACGGAUGUGGGGAAUAUACAGACACACCUGAAAAAAGUAUUAAGGAACAAGUUUGGGCUGUUCCAAACUGAAGUGCAACCUCUGUCUGUUCAGUCAUCAACUGACAACAGUUCCUCCUGGAGAGUAGCAGUGAUUGUCCUUGGAGUUUUACUUGGAGUUGCAUUAGUACUGAUUCUUCUGGCAAUACUGUUUUACAUCUAUGUGAGGAGAAGAUCAGGUAUGGAAUUUCCCACAUUGUACACGUGGUAGAGUGAGGAACAGAGAAACUUCUCUUCAGCCUAUCCCCUAUAGGUACUGCAAUGACUCCUAACACUGGCAAACUAGAGAGACAGGAUCCAAACUACUCAAUACUGUAUUUAGGUGACACUGAAAACAGGGUGACUGAGCCUGGUAGCUGUGGCAGAUCACUUGAAUGCUCAGCUGAGUCCAGAGUCACCCUGUUGGGUUUUGUGCACUUGGCCAAGGGUGAUUUUUAUUUAAGGGAGACUUUUAUCACAAUAUAAAGAUACCUUUUUCUCUCCUGUGACUGCAGAAUGAGCCCAGGGUAAUUAGCGUUCUAGCAUAUGCAACUUGAUCAGGAGUUUGGAGAAAAAUGGCAUACAUCUCAGUUAUGUGGGCUUGCUAUAGAAGUCUGGUGGACCAGAAACUUGAUUUGGACUCUUCUCAAUUCAAAGUUUCUUCAAUUGCUGGGCUGUGAAGGAAUAACUGCUCAUAUGUGUGAAAUGUAUAGCAUGCUAAAUACAGGUGUGGUUCCACAGCAUAGUCUCAACGUGCUAGUAGAUGGGGAAGGGAAACAUUAGGUUAAUUUGACCUAAAAGUAUUUUUCUCACCUCUUUUUGCCUGUCAAAAAUGGUUGGCUGAGCAAGGAUGUGCCAUAAAGUGCAAUAUUGUCCUGCUCUUGAUAAUCCUAAAGUAGAGUCCAAUAGAAGAAACUCCUGUGACAUUGGAGCAGACCUUGCUUUAGAUUUCUUCUAAUUGGUUUAGAGCAAUUAGAAGAAAUGAUCUUUACCUUUUUCCACCACUCUUCACUGCAGUCCUGGAGAAGUUACAGUCUGUUUCUACUAUGGUGCAGUUUUUCCUGCUUGGACUGUGCUGAACAGAUGAUAAAGGGGCAGUUUACUGCUGUUCAUAUUUCCAGCAGGAUUUAUGUGUUUCAUUUCAAACCAGCUCUCCCUGUAUCUGUACAUUUUGUCAGUCUGCCUACACUCGGAAUUCCUGUUGAGGCACUGAGUAUCCUGUGAUGUUGAGGCCCUGGCUCACACCCCCUGAACACCCCUGUUUUCUGGGGAUUAAGUUAUGGUUAUUUGGCACAGCUUAGAGUGAAUUGGUGCCAGGACUGCAGCACAAGGUGGGAGUUCAUCAGAGUGGGGGUGCACAAACAGCUCUGCUCUGCUUCAUAUGCAGCCAGCAUUCAUUCUUUUCAUCCCUCCAUCCUCGUGCUCUAACACAGCUCCUGGCAGAGCCCUGCCAAGGACCCUGGCUGGAAUAUUAUUUUUAGUAGCAGGGACCUAGGAAACAGGGUCUUGCAUGCUCUCCUUUUCACAUGGAGGUCUUGCACACCCUCCAUGCAGUGUCAACUUGUCUAUCCUGAUUAGGUCUGGGGUGUGGAGUCACAGACACCCCACUGAUGGAAAGAGAGUGAUUAAUAUUUGUUAAACUUUUAUUAUGUGGCUUUUAAAUAUAGCUAGCUCUGGGUGUUCUACUCACUGAACAGUCACUCAACAAUGUAUUCUGUCAGUAAAUACAAGUUCUCUAGGGAGCUCUGUUGAAAAUACAAAUGAGUGCUCUUGCUUAUGUUAAUACUCUUUUAUUACUUUUUUUGAGGGAUCUACUUUAAAUAGCAAAUCCUCAUUGUCAGUAAACCUUUCUGAUGUUCUUGUAAAUAGUGUUAAAUAGAGACCAUGUACAGCAGGCUUCAACCGUCCUGGGAUUGUUCACACAAAAUGUGU